AUGGAUCAAUGUCGCCCACUCCUUUUUCAGCUCAGCUUCUCUUCUUUGCAAGCUUGCAAGUCGUCUGUCGUCUUCGCGAACGGUAACGCAAUGACUUCGCCCCACGAGCGCACGCCGCUGCUCGCAGCGCAGCGGCGUUCGUACUUUCCCCCACUGUACCGCGUGUACUUUACCUCCUUCGUGGUCGGGAUCACGUUUAGCUUCACCCAAACGGCGCUCAUCUACUCGUUCCGCACCAUGACGUGCGACGAGUACUACAAGACAGUCAAGUGGAGCGGGUUGGGAGAUCGGUGUGCGAUACACGCGAUCGAGUCUGCGACGGCGCGUAGUGUUGCGCUCAUGAGCGCGAUCACGACUGGAUGUACCGUCAUCAACCUCUUCACUUCGGCAUGGUUCAUCACCCGAUUCGGAGUCAAGGCCGCCAUGUUCCAACAAACCUUCUGGGCUGCCCUCCGCAACCUGACCCAGAUCUACGCCCAGACAGUCGGCGGCAGAACGGGCAUGGCGAUCAUAACAACAACCCAGAUCUUCAAUAUUCUAGGCAGUGCCGGCGGAUUCCAACUAUGUGCCAACGCCUUUAUCGCCAUGCUCUCGGCCGACGAAGCAAGGACCGCCAACUUUGGCAUCCUAGGCGGCGUGUUCAUGUUCGGCUCGGGAAUCGGAUACACGGCUGGCGGUGUCAGCGAGAGGUUAUGGGGAUACCUCGCCCCGUUCCAGGGCGCAUUUGGGCUGCUGGUAUUCUCGACCGUGUUUGGAAUGUUCUUCUUACCGCACUUUAUGCCUGAACACAAGGAAGAACAAAGAAAAAGCUUCCUCGCCCCACUCAAAGUGUUUAUACCCCGCAAGAAGGUGGGUGGAGGACGCGAUUGGAACCUCGCCAUGCUGGGGCUCGGGACAUUCUUCUCCGUCCUCGCAACGGGAUACGUCCCCAUGAUGCUCCAGCUCGUCGCGACCAACGUCUUCGGAUUUACACCCGACACGAGCGGAUACAUGCUCAGCCUCAACCUUCUCGUCCGCGGCUUCUUCCUCACCCAAUGUUUCCCGCCCAUCAUCAACGCCGGCCGGCGGUGGCUCACUCCACCUCCUAUCCCGCCACGCCCUAAAGUGCCACUGGAGCCUCAAGCUUCUCCAAGCGGGUCGCCUAAAACAAUAUCGGGCAACUUUGCCAGUCCCGACCGCCAGCAAAACCGGCCCACCCUCUCCCCGUCUCUCCCCUCCCCGCCAAUCCCGAACAUCCCCCCCCGGCGCUCCUCCUCCUCGCGACGGAACUCGACCACCGCCCCUCCGUACAUCCGCGCCUUAUCGUCAGCACCCGAACACCCCUUCGACGCCGACGGCGCAGAGAUCCCCGACGCGACAGGCGAGCCGAUCAUUGACAUCGCCCCAACCCCCGUGGAUGUAAACCACGGGGCGCUAUUCGACCUCCUCUUCCUCCGCUACUCGAUCCUCCUCGACGGUAUCCUCACGAGUAUAGUGACAUUCGCCUCAGCCCCGUGGCACAUGUACACUGCUGCCGGGAUACUGCCAUUUGCGAGUGGGACCGGCCCGGCAAGUAAGGGCGUUACCCUCGAGUUGGUUGAUCCUGAGGAGAGGGCAGACGCACUCAGCGCUAUUGCGCUGGUGGAGAAACUCGCCCAGGUUAUCACAAUCGGUUUCUUCGGGUAUCUCUUCUCACUGCUUAGUGAUGCUGGGGUGCCGACUGUUGUGUUUGCUGCUAACGGCGCCAUUGGGCUCGUUGGAUUCGUCCUGCUCCUCCCCGUUAGGUUGCCAAAGGUGGUCGCCGAGGGCGGGGUUUAG